AUGAAUUUGAGUCAGGAAAAUAAGGGAAAAGCGCUCGUCUGGGCAUCGCGCCGCGGCCUCCUCGAGCAAGUGAGCCUUCUUCUUCAAAACGGUCCAAAUGACGUCGCCCUGAGACAAGUCGAUGAGUGGAGCUUCACGCCCGCGCAUCUUGCCGCCUUCUACGGCCAUCUGGAGGUGGUGAGAGUGCUGGUGGAAGCAGGGGCAGAUCUCGCCGCAAGAGCAAGAGCGGGAGUGACACCUCUCCACUGCGCGGCCAUGCAGGGCCACAGCGAGAUAGCAGAGUUUCUCCUAACCGCAGGAUCUGACCCAGCUUGGGCCGAUGACGAAGGGCGUCCUGCGUCGCAUAGCGCGGCCUCUGAUAAUCACUGCGAUGUUCUGGAAGUCCUGGUUGCUGCCGGGGACGACCUUGCGAGCGUGGAUAAAAAUGGGAAUUCCGUACUUCACGCCGCUGCCAGUGGCGGUGCUUGCGAUGCCUUUCGUAUGCUCGUUCGCGCACGAGGCGAUUCUCUUCCCUGGAGGAACAACACCGCUUGGACGCCUCUGCACAAGGCAGUCAUCGAGUCCUCGUUCGAUACAGUGAAGCUCAUCCUUGAUGUGGCGGCCGACUGCAAAUUCAAGGACGGAUAUUUCGGCAUUGACAGUCCCGUUUCCGAUGAUGGGGCUUCAGCUCUUAUUCUGGCCUCUCGUCGUGGAAGCCAAAGCGUUGUUGAACUCCUCCUCGACUACGGUGCCAACAUUCACGCCACCGAUCAAUGGCGGUGCACUGCUCUGCAUUCAGCAGUGCACGCUGGACAAACCGAGAUAGUGCGGACUUUGAUCCGUAGAGGGGCGGACGUCAAUGCAAAGCAUACAGGCGGCGAUGGAAACAUUGAUGGUGACUAUGGGAUGAACGCUGUUCUAGAUGCCGUUCAUUUCGGCCAUAUCGAAACUCUAGAGGUUCUUUUGGACGCCGGAGCCAGCAUAUCGGACACAAUCACACGGGAGGGGUAUACAGUUUUGCAUGUCGCCGCCUACAAGGGUGACCUCGCGUUCCUCCGGUUGCUACUCAAUAUGAAGCUUCCCAUGGGAGUCGACUCGGCGAGCUUCGACGGAUCAACACCCCUCAUUAUCGCUACAGGUGCUGGAAGGCUGGACUCUAUUCGUCUGCUCCUCGACCAUGGUGCUGAUGUCUCCAUUGCAGACUAUGCAGGUUGGACACCACUGCACUGGGCCGUCAACAGGAACCACCCACAUAUAGUAAGGCUGCUUUUAGACUCUGGCGCAGAUCCAACAGUAGAGUCAGUCGAUGGGGACACUCCGCUGUCAAUUUGCCCUUUUUCCUUGGAAGGCAAGGACCUGGAGGAUAUGGGAGAGCUGCUUCUCGCGGCUGAGCGAGGAUGGUAUGAGCGAGAUACCAGCAGAGACAGCUUGAAUCAUUUAAUGUCGGCUGCAAGAUCAGGGAAACUAGAUUCUAUUGCUUCCCUUUUUGAAAAGGAGCAGGUCAACGCCAACUCCAUGGACGGGGACGGAUACACAGCCUUGUUGUUCGCCGCAGAGGCGGGCCAAGAUGCUGCUGUGAAGCUUCUCAUCGAGCUGGGUGCUGAAAUUGAAGCAAAAAACAGCUCUGGAGAAACCUCUCUUUGGUUGGCUGCUCAUUACGGCCACGGUAUGGUGGUUCAGACGCUGCUGGAAAGCGGAGCUGACCCCAACUCAGCAGAUGAGCUGGGGCAGACGCCGAUCUCUGCGGCUGCGGAGGGUGGACAUCUCCAGGCAGUGUCGAGCCUGCUCGCAAGAGAUGCCGAUAUUGACACCAAAACAUGUCAUGGAAAGAAUGCGCUUGUGUUCGCGGCAGAAAGCGGGAAUGAUGCCGUGAUGCGCACAUUGUUAUCACACAAGGAGGGAUCAAAAUCAGCAUUCGACUUAUCUAACAUGUCGGCAUCCCUAGUGGAGGCAGAUGGGUUUGAUCACUCUACAAAGAACAUCCUAGGGAUUAGAGAUCUUGGACCGGGUACGGAAGUCAGAGGAGACAAUCUUGUCGACCAGGCCAGCGACGAUGUGAUUAUUCACGCUACUGAUGGUACGGGCGCCACCUCUGAGCCCAAAGGCCGCGGUCCUGACGAGGGUGAUUUUGGAACUGAGCUUGUGGAACUGGCAGAGAAAGGCAUGAGAGCAGCAGUGGUGCGCCUCAUCCAGGCCGGCCAUCCAACAGGCAAGAUGGACCGACGAGGCUACCUCGCAUUGGGCACAGCGGCAGUAAAUGGACAUGUAUCCAUGGUCCGCACGCUCCUUGACCAUGGCGCUGACCCGAACCUCAAGGAUGGCCUCGGCAGAACAGCUAUCUGGUGGGCGGCUUAUAACGGAUGGUAUGAGGCGGCCAAUGUCCUCCUUGAUGCCGGUGCCGAGUUGAACAUGACAGACGACGUAUUGCAGCUCUCACCAUUGAUGGCGGCUACAUAUCGCGGCCGAGCUAAAGUUCUCAAGCUAUUCCUCGCAGGAGGCGCCAAUGGGCACACGGAGAAGCAUGGCUACUCUGCCCUGGGCCUGGCAGUGCAUUUCCGACAUGUCGACGUGGUUAAGAUCCUUCUCGAGUCCGGGGCCGAUGUUGAAUACGGUCCUGACCCAAGUCGAACUCCGUUGAACACGGCGGUUGAGCAAGGCGAUACGGAGAUAGUAAACCUUCUUCUAGAAGCCGGAGCGACGAUGCAAACGUCAACAGAUGAUCGAUCGCCACUUUGUAUAGCCGCCCAACGUGGCUUCGAAGAUAUGGUAGCACUGCUCCUAAAUCACGGCGCAAAAGUUGAUCACUUGACAGCUCACAAGAGGACUCCGCUGUUUUUUGCAGCUGCCACGGGACACGAGAUGGUAGCCAGGAUGUUGAUAGAGGCCGAAGUCUCGCAGAUUAGUCACAGGGAUGAGAAUGGUUUGACCGCGCUAUCGUGGGCCAAGAUGCAGGGUCAUGAAGGCGUGGCCUCGGUUCUGCGCCAUGCAUCUCAAGUCAGUCAUGAUUCUAGUCUUGGAUCAGUCGCCUCUGAUAUUCCAAACCGAGGAUGCUAUACUUAUGUACCACUCUCCAAGCCAGGCUGCAUUCGCCUCAUAGAUCUUCAUCCAGGGCAGAAAUCUGACGCUCUAUCGUUUGAUCUCUAUGAAGCGAACCUCGACCAUGAGCCCUCAUAUACCGCGCUAUCAUACGAAUGGAAAGCCAAAACCGGCACCAUCCCCGUGUUGUGCUGUGGUAGGAGUCUUCUGAUAACACCCAAUCUAAAGGCGGCGCUGCGAAAGAUCAGAUCGCAACAAAAAGUGCGGACGCUAUGGGUCGAUGCUGUUUGUAUCAACCAAGAAGAUGUCGAAGAACGCACUAGCCAAGUACGACUGAUGACCAAGAUAUACAAAGAGGCCCAAGAAAUGCUGAUGUGGCUCGGCGAAGACAGCCCCGAGGUCGCAGCAGCUUUUGCAUCUAUCCCUAGAGUCCUGGAUGCAUGGAACCAGCUAUCCUCGGCAGAAUUCUUCACUUAUUCGCUAUCAUCAGACGUACAGCAGGUGCUCGAAGCUCUCGAUCUAUGCAAGAGAAUCUUUGGCUCGGUAGACGCGGGAGGGGCCUACGAUCGCAAGGCGGCCACUGGUGCGACUGACCUUCUGAGCCGUUCGUACUUCACAAGGGCGUGGAUAUAUCAGGAGCUUAUCUUGGGCGGAGUACAAGGGACGGUUCUCUGCGGAGACGUUUGUGCUCCGUGGACAGAUUUCCAUCAUUAUAUGGCCAUGUGGGCGGUGUUUAACGGCGGCGAGCAGCCAAGGGGGCGAGAUAUAAUGAUGCUUAUCGCCAGGACCCAGGAAAUGGCUACCAAGGGAGCAAUCAAGGACAUGGGGUCUGCUAUCCAAAUCCUGACUCAUCUCAACUGUGGUGAUCCAAGAGAUAAAGUCUUCGCUGUAUUGGGAGUUGUAGACUCCGACUGGUCAGGCCAGCUGGCUCCCGAUUACAGCCUCUCAGUCCAACAAGUGUACAUCAACGCGGCCAGGGUCAUGGUUCGCACUACGGAAGGGCUCGCCUUCUGGCAGGGCAUCAACUAUCCUGCAGCCAACAGGAUCCCAGGUCUGCCGUCCUGGGUUCCAGACUGGACUUGUAUCAGCGCCAGACAUAGAGAUCUGGAAGAUGGUGCGGUCUUGCCUUGCCUAUUCCGCCAACCCGUCGGGCGAGCGAUUCCCUCGCUUCUCGGCAGCCAGUUUCGCUCGACCGACACCACCCUUCAUGGGGACGGAUACAUACUUGGCGAGAUUUCCUUCACCAUUACAAUGAGGACCGGCGAAGAUAUCUAUGAUCACAUCGUCCGACCACUCGCCGAGGGUCUUGCUCGCUCAGGACGAAGCAUCUUCGACAGUUGUUCCUAUCCAGAGAAACUUUCCUACUUGUCUGUAUUUUGCCGUUUCCUUCAUAGAUCACAGGGCAACGACGAUAUCCAAGGGGACCGGGGAUAUUCUUCAGCCGAGGAACUUUUGGCUUGGAGGAUAAGUACUGACCCUCACAUUCCUGACGCAUCCCGAAAAGUGCCUAUUGAACUGGAGAACGCCAUACGGCAAUUCCGCGACCAAUCUACGAAUAACGCAGCCACUUUCAGCCACGAGGUCCAUCUACUUUGUAAUGAGAUGGAAAAGGAACUCAGGACUCGCCUUAGAGAGCACAACAAUAUUUCCGCUAACGCCCCUCAUGGCAUAACUCUAGCGAGCUGUGACCUAUUCUGUACCUUAGACGGACAGCUUGGAGUCUCAGGUGAGAGGACUUCGGAGAGUGGGCUGGUUCUGAGCUUGUUAGAAGGCUUCAGAUCCGUUGCGAUGAUGCGAAAAAGGGAUACCGGUGGAGAGAGCAAAAGUUAUGAGUAUGUUGGCGCAGCUGAUAUUCUGGAACUAGACUGGGGAUCUUAUCAGACCGUAAAUGAUGUCCCCGUCAAUGGAACCAUUAAGAGGCUUGCGAUUUUAUGA